ACAAGUUAAGUUUAAGUGACCCUGGCCUUGGCUUGGAAUAAUGAAGAAUACAUGUUAGUAGCCUUGGUGCACCAACUGGCUGUAGCAGGUAGCAUGAAAUUACAUUCAUGUUGACAUGAUUUUAGUGACCUGCUAUCCAUGUUGCAGGUUACGGUUAAGUGGCUUUACUUUUCCCCCUUUGAAUUGUUGAAUAGCUUGAUAUGUGGAUGUUAAUAACUUUGAUACAUAGGCUUAGUUCAGUGCUUCACAAGUUUUAUCCCACAACUGGUAUUCAAUUCCUUUGCCCUUACCUGUUUCUUUUGCUGCAGCAAGCUUGAGUAGAUUUGGCCUAUCAUCUCAACUCAAGGUUUAGCCAUGGUAGACUUAUUGAUGCAAGCUUGGGGAAUGUUUGGCCUUGAGGUGUGCAUGCAUCACUGCCUCAACAACUGGUUUUUCAAUGCACAUGGAUGAAUCCUAUUGAACCCUUCUUCCAGUUCAGCAUAUGGAUGUAGGACCAAUGUACUUCCUUUGUAUCUCACUUUCAAACUCAUGCCUAAAGGACUUGCAGCUCAUGGUGACAAGUACUGCAAACCCAAUGCAUUGGUGUGGUUCCAUUUGGCUUGUUGCAGGCUUUGGGGUAUGUCUUAUUUUAGUGACUUUGUAGCAGCAGUCAUGAGUUCAGUUGGCUAGGUCCAUAUGGCUACAAACCAAUGGUUCAGCAGCAGCAACUAUCGCUUAGUCGCAAUUCCUCGAGGAAAAAAGAUGAAUCGCCAUACAGAAGAAAUCCAUUGAGAGAGCUUGAAUCUAAUUCCAUGGCUAUUCCACAUUCAGCAACCAAUUAUAACAACAGCAGGAUGCAAAACAGAUCCAACAUGGAAGUUGAAACAGAAGCUAAACAGAAACCAAAUGCCAGCAGAAUUGCAUUGGACAAGGGUGUCGAUGCGAAGUGCAAGACAAAGAUAAAACAAGAUGAAGAUGUUAAAGUGAUGUCUUCGAUGACUGAUAAUGUUGUUGUCAAGACAGUGGUGCCGCCGGUGGUUGAAAACCUAAAACCCCAGAUAUUAACAAGAAGCAGAUCUUCAAGGCGUUCGCGAGACUUAGAGCUAGACCUCAACCCUGAAGAUCUUUUGAUUCCUCCACAGUCCUACACCUCACUACUGCUUGAAGAUAUCCAGAACUUCCAUCAGAAAAACACACCACCCCCACCAUCUGUUUCUCUCCCAGCUUGUGUUGCUAGAGCUUGCUCUAUCCUUGAAGCUGUUGCUAAUCUCAACUCCGAUACCAGCUCAAGUUUAUCUGGUGUAGAGGACAGGAGAAGUCCAUCAGGUUAUCAGUCCAGUAGGAAUAGAUACAAUGUUCCAUUGGGUACUAGCAAUAGUUAUGGGAAGAGAGCGGCAGAUACCAAGGAUCCAAUUGUAGAGUCUGAGUUAAUUGUUUAUGAUGAAAUGGUUGAACCGAGUUUACAUAAGUUUGAGACAAUGAAUAUGGGUAGUCCAAACAUGGAGAAGCAAGAAUCUUCAAGAAGCAGCAGCUUAAGUGUGUCUUCUGUAGCAGGACGAGUGAACGUGGAUGGAGCAAAGAAGAAAGUGAACAGCAAAACGAGAGUGUGAUUACCAGCAGGACAAUGAGACGGGCGUGGCAGGCUUGGCGCCAGUAAUUAUCUUCACAUGAAACCAGUUGUCACAGCAGCUGCAUCCACAUAAAUGAGUUCACCUUCUUCUUUUGUCAUUAAUAUUCCCAUGAGUUUGAUAUUCCUUCUGUUUGGAGUUGCCCACAGCUGCAUCCCCACAUAAAUGAACUCACCUUCAUCUUGUCAUUAAUAGUCCCAUGAGUUUGAUA